AUGACCGCUAGUUAUUAUGUUUUAAAAAUUACUCAGAGUCAUGAUCUGUACCAAAAACUUUUAAUGAAACUAAAGAUCUUUGUCAUACAUUCUGGGUCGUACGAAAUGCAUAUCAUACAGAAGUAUAUAAAUCGUUACUUGGGUUUCUCCGUCUUCGUUGGAAUAUCUUAUAUUAUAGCAGCAAUUACAUUUUCCUGCGGUCCUUUAUUUUUAUCAAUAAACUUACCAAUGGAAGGAUGGUAUCCGUUUCCUACUGAUGCAACUUACAUCAGAGGUGUUCUCUACAUCUUGCAAGUAUUCGCCAUCUUACAAACUGGAUUUUGUAUCUCUGUAGAUUUUAUGAUAGCUAUGUUCUUCUGGUAUGCCGCUGCAAGGUUGGAAAUGCUAGGACAGGAAUUACAACAAAUAACGCACGAAAGUCAAGUGAAGUCGUGUAUUCGAAAACAUCAAGAAAUAAUAAG